AUGGCUUUGAAACUCCAGAGUCUGCAGUUAGUCUUGGCGACCCUCGUUGCGGUGCAAGAAAUUGUUCCAGCAAUGUCCGCUCGGAUGGUACCUCCCUUUUUGAGGCCACCAGGACUAGGGAGACCUCGUUGCAUAGACAGCCACAGAUUUGGAAAUGGGGAUCAAACGAUACACCUGAAACAGCGUUGUCAAGAAGGCUGCAGCGGGAAAAAACCAAAGGAUGGAGACAAAUGUGUUGUGGAGACUGGAACAUCAGGUUCUGCUCUAAUCUUUCUCUCCGGAGUAUGCCAAAACAUGACGUGCAAAAUAAAUAAAGAAAGCGAGAUAUACAAACAAGAAAUGAAUGUAUCAGUCGGUAGUUAUGAUAAAGCAUCAGUCCCACAACUACCUGGUUGCGGGUUCAGAAGUAUUCAAGAUAAAAACAGACAGUAUUUACUUUCCAUGGAGUGCACGACCUGUGAAGCUCAGUUGAAUCAAACGAUACGACCGGAUUGCACACAGUGCAUUGCAUCUCAGGAAGAUACAGAGUCUGGUGACUUGAAGCUCACAGUGGGAGAGUGCCAUAAUGGAAUCUGUGUUCCUCGUAAUCCGACAGAAACUGUGGAUAUAAAGAAAGAAUUAUACACCAGCUCCGACUAA